AUGGAAUCCCUCCCCUUCUCCAAAAGCCUCUAUCACUCCAUCCCCCAUCACCCAAUCUCUUCCCGGCCUGCUUCCUCCAUUUCAACGAAAUCCUAUACCCUAAAACCCUUCUCCUCCAAAACCCUAACCCUAAUCCGCGCCUCCCACCGACCGCCCACCCCCAAAACCUUACAAGCCAUCUCCUUCCUUCUCAAACCCGUCAUCCUCUCCGUCACCGCUGCUUCCGCUGUUUUCCUCUCCCGCUACUCCCUCCCCUCCCUCGCCGCCGUUGUCCACCCUCCCCCCGCAGCUCAAUCCGAAACCCUCCCCUCCACUGAAGAAUCCAGUGAACAAAUCCUCGAGCAGCAUCUUGCCUCCAACCCCGACGACGUCGACUCUCUCCGAGCCCUUGUCCAACUCAAAGUUAAGCACCAGAAGCUCCCCGAAGCCAUUGCGGUUGUCGACCACCUCAUCCUCCUCGAACCCAGUGAUCCGGACCUCCAUCUCUUGCGAGCCCACCUCCAUACCUACAGCGGUGAUACAGAAAAAGCCAGAGAAGGAUUCGAAGAGAUUUUGUCGGCGAAUCCUUUGGUUGUUGAGGCUUAUCAUGGGCUUGUCAUGGCUGCUUCUCGCUCCCGUGAUGUGAAAGAGCUUGAUGGGAUUGUGGAAAGGGUUGAGGAAGUUAUGCAGCGUUGCAAGCAAGAGAAUAGGAGGAGGGAGUUGAGGGAUUUGAAGCUUUUGGUGGCGCAGGUAUGGAUUAUUGAGGGAAAGUAUCAGGAGGCUCUGAAGAUGUAUCAGGAGAUGGUGAAGGAGGAGCCUCGAGACUUCAGGCCUUAUCUAUGUCGGGGAAUUGUCUAUACUUUGAUGAGGAGGAUGGACGAGGCAGAGAAGAAUUUUAAACAGUACAGGAAGCUUGUUCCUAAGAACCAUCCUUAUGCUCAAUUGUUUGAGAAUAACUUGAGUGGGAUUAAUGCUGCCAUAAAGAAGAAGGAUGACAAUGUAAAGGUUAGUUCACUGCAGAGCUAA